AUGCAGAAGCCAAGAGGCAGGGCGACCUUCGCGCUCCUCUGCUACUACCUGGGAGCAGCAACUACAACAAGAACCCUCCCGACCGCGGUGUCCGGCUUCCAUCACCCUUGCGCCGCCCGCCGCGUCCGCCGCCGCCCAGCGGGGCAGGCGCUUAGCCCUCCCCCCCAGCAACAGUUGUCCAACCAAAGAAGGAGCCCCACGCCUGUGGAGGCGGCGCAACAGCAAGCCCGGGGCUGGGGGUCAAGCUUGAUGGCCGGCGGAGGUAGCGUCGGCGGCAGCGGUGGCUCAAGGAGCGACGCCGCUCCCCGUGGUGGCGGUAGCAGGCGGAGAUAUUCGGGGCGGGCGACGGCGGCUUCCUCCUCGGUGCUGCAGUGCGCCGCUGGAGACGACGAAGACGACAAUUACGGGAGCGCUGACUACUCCGAGUACGGCUACGAGCCGGAGUUCGAGCUACAGGGGGAGGAGCCGAACGCGGACGAAGAGACGUUGGCGAGGUGGCGGUUGGAGAAGCUUCUUGCCAACGACCGGUGGCAGUUCGGCAAGUACGGGACGCAAAACGUGGGCAACUGGAUCGGGAGCUGGCAGGAGUACGUCGCGGAAGACCUCAGCGCGGGGUCAGACCCAGAGAGCGACAUCGGGGCCAUGAUCGGCAUCAUUCCGGGAAAGAAAUUCGUGGCCACCACCAAGAUCACCCGCAGGGUUAUCGAGUCGGCGGAAGACACCAAGAUAUUCGAGCACGAGCAGGGGCAGGCGACGGGGGGUGAAGGGCAGGGGGCGGUGGGAUACGAAUCCGAGGCGUGUCCGCAGCCGGUGGUCGAGACCCUCUUCUCCGACUCGUUCCGAGGCGGCAACGGCACCCAGGUCGUCGGAAACGCGUACACCUCGGCGGAAACUCUUGCAGUGGCGGCGGGGGGCGCAGAUGGCCCCUGGAUAGAGGUAGGCCUUCGGGUCCAGGACGUUCGAAUGCGGUGCGUUUUCGAGUAUGGACCGGGAGCGGGGGGCUCCGUCGACGCAGAGGGGGGGGGGGGGGUACCGGUACCAGAGGCAGCAGCAGCAGCAGCAGGGUCGACGAGCAUCCGGAGGGUGUUUGUGGUCCGGGAGGGGCUCGACAGACUGCCGCCGGAGGACGCCGAUAAGGAGCCGGAGCUGUACGGCUCCGCGGGCAAGGGGUUGUACGACCCUCCCUCGCUCUCACGGAGCCCCCUGUACUUUUCCAUCUACGCGGAGGGCGGGCUUACCAUGAGGUUCCCCCUGCGGGUGGAGGAGGGGCAAGGGGGCGUGUUCUCCGUAGAUUGGACCGCUGGGAGCAGGCGGUAUCAGGCGGACAGGGUGUUCGAUGUCCUAGACGGCAGUCUCCGCCGGCUAGAGGUGACGGAGAUCGGAACGCAGGAUGCCGAGGUGUUUUUGCCCAUGGAGAAGUUCUGAUUUUUGGUCUGCAUGUUAGGUGGUGCAUGGUUUUUGAGUCUUGUGUGUUGCUCUGUGGUGUUCGAUGGAGGGAGACAGAGAGAGAGAAGUGGCGGGAGAAGCUUUACAUUUCCAUGACGAAUUGUGAUAAAAAGUACAAUGUACUCUAGGCUCAUGGAGAAUUCCUGUGUUUUUUUUUACGAAAUGCAAAACGCGUAAGGGGAAGGGAGAUGUGUGGGAGAGUUUUGCUUGUUUCACGAAAACGAUAAUAACAACGUGGGGCGUUGCUUGAACCGCCCCUCCGUCAUAGGCUGUUUGGAUUUUCUCUCGAUGUUGGUUGACAACCAGCCAGACGUAACGCAGCCGUCACAGAUCGUGUUCCCGUUACCCGUGCAUCGAAA